AUGGAUCCCUUGACUGAACUUCGCAAUAAAUUAGCUUCCGAUAUAGCAGCGAAGCCGAUCCAACCUCCGGUCCUUCUUCAGGACCAACUUCCAAAGAAAGUCGAGACGUCUCCAAAGAGAAAAUACACGCGGGACCCUGAGAAGAAACAAGAAAGCUCUCGGAAGCGGAUCUUCGACCAAAUGGAUCAAAGCUUCAUGAUCAAUGGAGGCGUCGACGAUAAUAACCAAAACGUCUAUUUCUGCCCAUUUUGUAAACGAUGUCUCAGAAGAACAUGCCGAUCAACACAUUACACAAACUCCCACGUCGAUCGGGCAAGAUCAACAUUUGUCUGUGGAGUCGACGAAGACGCUAAAGAAUUUGUUGUCUCACACUUCCACGAAUUCCCUAAAGUCUACUUGGCACUUGCGAAGGAAAAACUGCUGGAAAAUAUGAAGGGAAAAAUAGGAAAAGUCAAAGUCAUGAAACGAGCAGACUUCAAUUUGGAAAUGGCACAAAUGCAAUUUCAAUAUGGAAUGCAACUCUGUUUUGUCUCGGAAAAGUUCUAUUUUACAGAUAACGUCGACACGAGUAAAUUGGUCAUCUCAGACGAAAUUAAAACGAACGAAAAAAUCACUCAGAAAAUUCAGAGGAAAAUCGAGAAAUUAAAAAAUCCGGAAAAAAUACAAAAAAACUCUGCACAAAGCGAAUUGAUACAAAAAGACCGAAUUGAUCAACAAAACUUAAGUGAAAAGGAAAAUCUCAAAUGUAAAAUUGGGGUGCAAAACCCAUUCGAUGUUGUACUCCAAAACGAAGGAAAGAGUCACCACGAAGAAGAGAAUCAAGACUUUGAGGAGCAAAGACAUAUGGAAAUCGAAAAACAAUUCCAACACCAAAAUUUUGUGGAACAAAAAGAGAUGGAAAACUGUGAAAAUGAAAUCGUUCAAAAACAAUUUAAAAAAGCCGAAAAAAUAGAGAAAAAAGAAGAAAAGGAAGAUGCAAAACAAAUUCGACCACCAAAACGAAUCAUUGAAGAUACUUUUCAAAAACAAAACAAUGAUUUUAUGGCGACCAGUUUAAAAGAAAAUCCGCUGAAUUUAAAUCAAAACGACGGAAUCACUAAAGAGGAAGAAAGUGAUGAUAAAGAAAUCAACAAACUAAUUAAUUUUGAAAAGUAA